GUCUAUUCUACUAUACUCAUGUCGACAUUUCCAAAUAACACGAAAAUUGUCGAAAUGAUAACAGACGCAGUAAAAUACUGCGUUGUAUAUUUACUAAUUGUGACAGGUGAGAUAGUUUAUAAUAAUAUUACGUGUCGGGGUACUGUUGCAAUAAAAAAGCAAACGUCCAUGGUGUAACGUCUAAAUCAAAGGACGUGCAUCUUACAAAACAUGAUAAAACGUACAUUUGGGUACCGCAAACAUCUGAGUCGAUUACAGUCACAACCGAUGAACGCUGCCAGAUUGCAGUACAGGUGCUCAAAUGUAAUUUAGAUACAGAAAAAGGGGAAUAUGCCACCUUAUUCGCAGGACCCAAUAAUAGAGAUAAUGGUAUGAUGUUCACCUACGACGUCAAAGAAAAGCCCUUAUAUCUAUACAACGAAAACCAUGUUUAUGCUGAUGUUGUUUUGGCGGGCCAGUCUACGUUGAGUACAAUAAAAUUCAAUUUCACACGAAUAGGAGAUGCUGCGUCAUCAACCACAGUUGCACCCACAACCACAGAAGAUCCCCUCUAUCCAAUUCCUUCUGGCGAUGUUUCUGACUACUCGAUUGUGGUGAAUGUGUCUGGCAAAACACUGGCCAAGUUCAGACAAGAAGGCAACAGACAGAUGUUCAAGCGAACGUUGAGUAAAAUGGCACAAGCAUUCUGUAUUAAAAAUGACAUCAGGCCUUCCAAACCGAUCACUACCUCGUCAAUAGACAUUCUCUGGACAUCAGAAUGCCCAGCGACCUGGACCAACUGCGCCCCAUGUGUCAGUUGUGGCUUCGCCAUCCCCCUCUUCUUCAAUAAAUCAGCGACAACCCGCGAUUAUCAACUGACAGCUGACAAUCUGGACUCCAUGUGGCGGGAGUACGCUGACAAUUACUUGGAUGGGGGACUGAGAGUGUGUCAACCGCCUGACACAGUAGGGCUAGUUAAGUGGCAGUUGAUUGCGUUUUCAGCCAUCACAGUGAUUUUUGUAAUAGGAUUGCUUGUUAUAAGGCAUUUCACUAUCAGGAUAAAUGAUCGGAUACGGAGCAAGAUAUUGAAGAGCGAUGACCAGUGGUCUGAUAAAAAGAGUAUAUUGAAAGAUCUGGGCCCACACCCACUGCAAGAAAUGCCACAGAUAUUUGAAGAUACCAUCUCAGAUCAUAACCAGUAUGCUCUGAUAUCCAAUCCUGUAGAACCUGUAUUGAGAAAAACCUUUGAAGGCAAGUGAUUUUUUUUUGCAUGCUCUUAAUUAAUUAUUUGUAUUGUAGUAGUUUAUAAUUUGAAGUAUCAGUAAUUUCAUGAUUAUCAGUUGUUUAACACAUUUGAAUACAAUUGGAAAAGCCUUUUCACUUUUACAGACGUCAGAAAUGAAGAAGAAGUUAAUAAUGAAGUAGAUGAAGGUACUUACACCUAAAUAUGUUUAUAUUACAUGUAACAUUAAUAAUAAAAACUAUUUAUAUCAAAAA